CAUCCGGGAGAGAUAUCAUAACGUUGAUUAUUUGACAACCAGACUUCGAGUGGGAAAUAGCGGUUUUGAGCAUUGGAUUAUUUUGUUUCAGAGAUAUUCUGGUUUUUAUUCAAUUUAUAAAUGUGUACUAUUAUUUGAGAUAAUCGACCAAACUUGUUAUAUAAAUCUGACAUGUUCGUAUUAUAUGAAACGCCGGCUGGCUAUGCCAUAUUUAAGCUUCUCGAUGAUACAAAGCUAAAGGAAGUAGAUAACCUUUAUCUAGAAUUCGAGUCCCCAGAACAAGCAAAUAAGAUUGUAAAAUUGAAACACUUCGAAAAAUUUGCUGAUACCACCGAGGCACUCUCCGCUGCAACAGCUGCUGUCGAAGGAAAAGUUUCAAAGCCGCUGAAGAAGACAUUGAAAAAGCUAGUCUCCGAUGAUGUCCAACAACAGCUUUUGGUUGCAGACGCGAAACUGGGCAGCGCUAUCAAGGACAAGUUGGCUUUGCAAUGCGUGUCGAAUUCUGCCGUGCAAGAACUCAUGCGAUGCAUUCGCUCUCAGUCGGAAAGUUUACUUUCUGGUCUGCCAAAAAAGGAAAUGACGGCAAUGGCACUGGGUCUCGCACAUUCGUUGUCACGAUAUAAACUUAAGUUCUCACCAGAUAAAAUAGAUACAAUGAUUGUGCAGGCACAAAGUUUGUUGGAUGAUCUGGACAAAGAACUCAACAACUAUAUGAUGCGUGCUCGAGAGUGGUACGGUUGGCAUUUUCCUGAAUUGGUAAAAAUUCUUACUGAUAACAUAGCAUUCAUCAAAACCAUAAAACUAGUUGGUACACGUGAUAAUAUGGCCACUACCGAUUUGUCGGAUAUUUUGCCUGAAGAACUCGAGGAAAAGGUAAAGGAAGCAGCCGAGAUAUCGAUGGGUACAGAAAUCUCAGAAGAAGAUAUCAUAAACAUUCAGAACCUGUGUGAUGAAAUCCUUUCCAUCAGCGAAUAUCGAACCCAUCUUUACGAUUACCUCAAAACACGCAUGAUGGCAAUGGCACCGAAUUUGACGGUGCUUGUAGGUGAAACGAUAGGAGCUCGAUUGAUAGCUCACGCUGGUUCACUAGUUAAUUUGGCGAAACAUCCUGCUUCAACGUUGCAGAUAUUGGGUGCUGAAAAGGCUUUGUUCCGCGCAUUGAAGACUAAGAAGGAUACCCCUAAAUAUGGUCUUAUCUUCCACGCUAAUCUAAUUGGAUCCGCGAGCACUAAGAACAAAGGUAAAAUCUCGCGAUCGCUGGCUGCUAAAGCUUCCCUUGCCACCCGUGUUGACGCCUUCGGGGAAGAUGUGACGAUGGAACUUGGGAUUGAGCAUCGCGCGAAGCUGGAGAUGCGUUUGCGACUGCUGGAGGAAGGUAAUCUAACGAAGCUAUCCGGGACAGGAAAAGCAAAAGCAAAACUCGAGAAGUACCACGCAAAGAGCGAGGUACGCGUUUUUAAGAGUGAGGACAGCACUUUACCAUUGGGCAAGAAAAGGAAGCUUUCUGAAGGCGUUAAAAUUGAGGAGAUCGAAGUGAAGGAAGAAAUUGAGGAACCACCACCAACUCAAGGUGAAUCUUCUAAGAAAAAGAAGAAACAAAAGAGUUUGGUGGAAGAAAGCGAAGAAAUUACUCAGACUUCUAAAAAGAUUAAAACCGAGGACGAGCAAACUACGCUGGAGGAAGAACCACAGACUGAGAAGAAGAAGAAAAAGAAGAAAAAACGCGACAGUGCGGCUGUUCAGGAGGAAGAAGUGCCGGUUUCUGAGGAUGUGACUUUCGAGCAGGAUCCGGAAGAACCGCCAAAAUCCGAAAAGAAAAAGAAAAAGAAGAAGAUCAAAGAAGAAAGUAGCGAUAGUUAGGUUUGAAAUGCAUAUAUCGCUAAGAAUGUACCUUAAAUCGUACGUCCCUAUUUUAGGGGAUUACUAUUGUUUGCUUAUGAAAAGAAAAUAUAUGCGUGAAAUAUGAAUAACUUGUAAUUUAGAUUCAUCAGUUUUGAUUUGUAUUUCGACAAACAUAUUCAUAGAAGGGAACGACAGUUUGACAUUUUAAUUGUUUAUAGGAUAUGCAUUAUUCACAACCGAUCUUUCCAUAGUAUGGCUCGAAAGGACGAAGUAAACAUCCGGUAGCUGCAAAUAGAUUAUUUGAUAAAGCAUCACGCCAAACGUGAAGGUGCUAAAAAACAUUUUGGAUGAAGCCUUCACGAGUGACAAGGUGUGAAAAUGAGAAUCGGGCAAUUUUUUGAUAAUGUAUUCCAUUAAACCAUGCAGGCACUGAAACAUAUUUUAAAUUAUGAACUUAUCUUCUGUGGUAACCUAAUGGAAUCCGAGAGCACUGAGGACAAAAUCAAAAUUUCGCGAUCUCUAACGGAUAAAGUUUCCCUUGUCCAUCAUGUUUGGACACUUCCGAAGAAAAUGUUACGAUGGAUCUUGUAGAUGCUGGAAGACCUGUCCCGUCCGUUGAAGACAUGAAGGGAAGGGUUUGAUCCGUUGGUAUCAAAUACAAAGUCAAGAUCGUGUUCGAAGGAAAUGUGGUGAUGAAAUUUUAUAUUGAGCUUCGGUUGACCAAACAGCCCAAACGACCGAAACAAAAACCAAAAUGUACGUUUAAUUCCAAAAAUGAUUAUGAUUUUUGUCGUAUCUCUUGACACUAAUUAAAAUUGUUUAAAUGCGAUUACAAAUCAUUUGUCAAAGAAGAAAUAUUUUUUAUGAGUUAAAAUAAAUGCUUGGAACAUCA